UCUCUUAACAGUGCAAGAGACGAAAAGAUUCGUGGCGCUUUGUGGAGAAGAGUCAGGUAUUUCAAAUUUCGUGAGUGGUGUAUCGGCUGAUCUAAGUGAAUAAAAAUGGAACCUAAGCCAAAGUUGACCAGUGAGACUGCUUGGAACAAACUCCAAGCUUAUUUCGAUAACAAUAGUUCGAAAAUUAAUAUAAACGAACUGUUUCAACAGGAUCCCAAUCGCUUUCAAAAGUUCAGCUUGACAAUUGAUACACCAGAAGAUGGUCCCAUUCUUUUGGAUUACUCCAAAAAUCGUAUUACCGAUGAAGUCAUUGGUCUUCUUCUGGAACUGGCACGUGCACGUAAAAUUGAACAAGCACGAGAUGCUAUGUUUUCUGGAGAAAAGAUUAACUUUACUGAGAACAGAGCAGUAUUACACACUGCGUUGCGUAACAGAAGCAACACACCUAUUCUGGUUGAGGGUAAAGAUGUUAUGCCAGAUGUUAAUGGUGUUUUGGAACAUAUGAAACAGUUUACAAACCAGGUGUUAUCCAAAGAAUGGAAAGGUUUCACUGGCAAACCUAUUGAAGAUGUUGUCAACAUUGGAAUCGGUGGCUCCGAUCUGGGGCCCUUGAUGGUUACUGAAGCCUUGAAACCAUAUCAUGUCGGACCACGCGUUCAUUUCGUCAGCAAUAUCGAUGGAACGCACAUAGCAGAGACGCUCAAGAAACUGAACCCAGAAACAGCUCUCUUUAUUAUUGCAUCUAAGACAUUCACCACUCAGGAGACUAUUACAAAUGCAACAUCUGCAAAAAAAUGGCUUUUAAGUCACUUGAAUAAUGAUGCAGCUGUGGCCUUUCACUUUGUUGCAUUAUCCACUAAUACUGAAAAAGUAAAAGAAUUCGGUAUCGAUGAGAAAAAUAUGUUUGGAUUUUGGGAUUGGGUCGGAGGACGUUAUUCCCUGUGGUCGGCCAUAGGUCUGUCAAUUUCACUGUCCAUUGGCUUUGAAAACUUUGAGAAGCUUUUAAGCGGUGCUUUCUUCAUGGAUCAACAUUUCCGCACAACUCCAUUGGAAAAAAACGCACCAGUAAUCCUUGCUUUGCUGGGUAUUUGGUAUCAUAACUUCUACAAAGCAGAAACACAUGCUCUCUUACCAUACGAUCAGUACUUGCAUAGAUUUGCUGCGUAUUUCCAACAAGGUGAUAUGGAGAGUAACGGAAAGUCUGUUACUCGUUCGGGAGAAACCGUGAAUUAUUCUACUGGUCCCAUCGUGUGGGGUGAACCGGGUACGAAUGGUCAACAUGCAUUCUAUCAGCUGAUUCAUCAAGGCACAAGGCUCAUUCCAGCAGAUUUCAUCGCGCCCGUACGUUCCCACAAUAAGGUUCAGGGUGAUUUGCACCACAAAAUUUUGCUGGCCAACUUCCUCGCUCAAACGGAAGCCCUAAUGAAGGGGAAAAAUCAAGAACAAGCAAAAGCGGAAUUGGAGAAAUCUGGCUUGAGCCCAGAACAAGUGACUGCUAUAUUGCCGCAUAAAUUAUUCCAAGGAAAUCGACCAACUAAUAGUAUCGUAGUUAAGCAGGUUACUCCAUUUACACUUGGAGCACUUAUCGCUAUGUACGAGCACAAGAUUUUCGUACAAGGAAUUAUCUGGGACAUCAACUCAUUCGACCAGUGGGGCGUGGAGCUGGGUAAACAGUUAGCCAAAGCUAUUGAACCUGAACUCAACAAUAGCGAUAAAAUUACAAGCCACGAUUCAUCAACAAACGGAUUAAUUUCAUUCAUUAAGGAAUACACUGCUUAAACCCAAUCAGGCAAUUAAUGUUGAAUUGGAUAUACAAUUGGCAAGGAACAUCUUAUUAGGAUUGAAUCACAACAGAUGAACACUCUAAAUUCAUAAACAGCCAGUGUAAUGGAUUAUAGCAGAAUGAACGUUUGGAAUGUAUGUAUACAUGCUAAAACAUGACUUACACAACGUAUAGAAAACUUAAUUCGGUUUAACAUAUUAAAGAUUUCCCAAUAUUGUUGUAAUAUGGUAGGUUUAUCGUUAUUCUCAAAUUAAAAAUGAUAUAUGUAGUAUUUACAUAUAUUGUUUACGCCAUUUUAACAUAAAUCGUGUUUAUUAGUCUUUUAUGUACAAAAAAUAUAUACGUCACUGAAUAUCACAAUGAUGAAGAUCUUAUGAGUAGAAAAAGACAAAUUAGCAUUAAACUAUUUGUGGUACGUGAGCAACACGUUAAAUGCUUCUCAAUUCGUUUAUACAUACAACUUUUUUUAUAUAUAUUUGUUAUGUAAAAAUCCCUGUUUCAUUCCUGUUAAUAUAUCUCUAUGUUAUAAAAUUA